CUUCAAAGAUCUAAGUGGUAAAUUUGAAGUUGCUAAUAGUAAUACUAUAUUAAGAAGUAACAAGUUACUGCCAAAAACAGUCUUUACAGAGAAUACACGUCCUUGUGACAAAGAGACAUUUCUUGGAGAAAACUGUGGCAACACCUGAAACGAUGAAGUCAGUUACAUCAUUAUCAGGAUCAAGAAAAAAAAAUAAAAAAAUGAAAGACAUAUUAGACCUUUUGACAAUGCAGUCGAAAGCCCGAUAUUUAUGUUCUAUUGAUUCAAUUAUCAGAAAGUAUGAAUACUUGGCACAACAAGAAGAAAUUGCUGAUGAGAUUGAUCUAUACAAAUUGGAGAUUGCAGAAGACAGGGGCUUUGUAAGAAAGAUACAAGAUGGAAGACUGGGGUUUAUAACUAGUGCGAGAUUUGAGAAAACACCAGAAGAAAAGCUCUGUUUCAAAGAAUUGAAACAACUGGCAUUUGAAAGAAAACAGUCUUCACAAAACUUGCAUUCCAAAAAAAGACAUGCAUAUCAUAAAAAGACAAAGGGAAAAUCCAGUGCAAGAUUAAUUUCCAACUUUGAUUUGGAGUCACCUGAAAGUAUCAUCUAUAACAAAGGUUUCAAAGAAGACAGCACAAAAGAACUGACUUUUUCUGGAACAGACACGUACAAAAAAUCAAAAGAAAAAACUAUAAAUGAUUCAUCAGAAGCUUUAAACACUGAUUUUCAACAAACACCAGUAAAGGAACCAGUUAUAAAUCAAAUAAAACUUUCAUCUUGGGAAGAAUUCCUUUCAGAAAGUAUUAAGGAAGGUUACUUGUCAGCUGAUAAUGAUAACUUCAGUAAUUCAUCAACCACAGGGUUUAAUGAGUUGUCUAGUACUGAAAAUCUGACAUUUUCUGAAAUGGAUAAGUAUAAAAUAACAGAAGAACAAAGUGAAAAUGGCUCAUCAGUCAUUUGUGGCACUGCAUUUAAACAAACACCAGUAGGAGCACCAAAUAUUUUAUGUGGUACAAAGAACCUAUUUUAUUCUCAAAAGAAUGAAUCUGAACAAGGAAGAGAAAAAGAAUCCAAGCUCAUUGAGUCUAAAUUAAUGAGAAAGGUAAAAGACUUAUCAAUUUGCAGUCAAAAUAGCCCUGACAGAGAACAUACACCAAUUAGCCCAUCAUUGACUUCAUCCAUUUCAAGGACUCGAUUAUAUCACCCAAGGCUGCCAGAUCCCUGUAGACUGGAACCAUCUUUCUUCAAGAAAGUACACAACAGUCACACAGAUGAUUUUUUUUAUACUAGUGUUUCAGAUAAUGAUACUUCUCAUUUUAACCAUCUUGGCUCAUACAGCAAAAUUCAGAGAAAAUAUUCUGCAGCACCUUAUGACAAAAAUUCAAGAGAUUUAUUUGAAAAAAGUGAGUCAUACUGUUCAAAUAUGCUGACACUCAAUUGUCCAAGUGUGAAAGGAAAUCCACAUUCACAGUUCAAGACUCAAGUGGAUAAUGACUUAUGUCAAAAACAAUAUCCCAUCAGAAGAUCCCAAAUAUUAGAGUCUCCAGGCACUCCAUUGGUUGGAAGUCAGAAUAAUAAUAAUACAAAAUCAGAUUCUCAAAUUCAACUUGAUACAGUUGGAGAUGUGCUUACUAAACACUUUCCAGUGAAUGAGUAUUCUGUUAAAGCAUCUGAAAACGUAAGUCAAAGCGAUGACAGUGUGAUAGAAAUGAUUCCUAAUCAUAAUAUUACAUUCACAUCUUGUAGCUUUUCACCACACUCUAAAAGGAACCUUCUGAAAGAUUCAGAGAGUUGUAUUACAUUUAUUUCUAAUAAAACAAAGAACAGUAAAGAAAAUCAUAUUUUAUCUUCUCCCGAUAUUGUACAGUGUGACUUUUCACCAAUUUUAGCUGGUGAGUCCAAUGGGUUUGAUACUUUGAAACCGUUGCAAAAAGACAGAGAAAAACCACAACCAAAGCCAUUUCCAAAUGUUACAGAGAAUUAUAAAAUGUUUAGUAAACAUCAGAUGAAAAUAGGUCUUUUUCAUAAAUUCAGGAGUUUAGAUGAAAAUGGAUUAAUUCAUUCUUUAAACUCCCAGAAAGCCUACAACACUGAUUCUCUGAAAACAGCAGAAUAUUCAAAAAUCAGUGUUAAUAUCCCCAAUCUGAUAAAUAGCAACAGAAGUCUAACUCUAACAGAUAAUAUAUCAAAUAGUGUGGUAUUAAAAAGCAAUUCAUCUAUGAGAAGUAACCCAUUUUCUGAUUCUCUCAGUUAUCAAUCCUCAGAAGUGUUAGAACAUUGUCAUCUUGGAGAUUCUUUCUUGACAUUACAAGACUCUAGUAUAGAAGCCAUUAAAGGUUUUUCUCCUUCUGUAGGUCUCAAAAAACUUUCUUUGCAUACACCUAAAAAGAGAGAAUUUUCCACCUCAAAGUUAAAAACUAAUGACUCUCUAAUUGAUAAUUCUAUUAGAAAGUCCCCUAAAAAAGAAAUGCUUUUGAAAUAUGGCAAAGGUUCUAAAAGAUCACUUACUGAAAACUUUUUCUUGAUUUGAUUAGUUUACUAAGGUCUUAUCAAAAGACUAGUGAAUAUUUCCACUUAAUGUAAUUGGAACAUUUACUUUGCUUAUUUGCA